AUGAUGAAAAGGCUAAGGGUGUUAAAUCCAGAGUCAUUCGACGACUCCAACCAGCCCGUAGAUGACAUUGUUCUCAUUCUCGAAGCAUGGUCUGCAGCCGAAUGCGAAAAUGAUGAUGCUGCUGAGGCUUUUAGCUCUCACACUUCCAAGAACUCUCGCAUCUCACAAUUCUUCUUGCGGAUGGACGAUACACAGAAUGGGAUCUAUACAUCAGAAGGAGUCCAGGCCGAGGCCGCAGCGUUGCUGGAGUGUAUCCUGGAGCUUCGGCGACACGACACAAAUGUAUUCGUGUGUACUCUUGGCAGAUGGCAAGAUGAAGAUGAUUUGAAAAAGGCCCUGAGACAAAUACUGGCGUCCCGAAACGGGAUGGAAGAUACAGCGGCUCUCCACCACUUGCAAGGGCUCGCAGAUGUAGUCAUCGAGGCCAACAACGCAUUCCAUGAGUCUAAGGGUUCCUUAGGUGACAUUUACAGCGUCUUGCCUUCCGACUCCACCACGGCCGAGGCAUCCAUUUCCAGGACCAUGUGUUGCGUGUAUCACCCGCUCGAGAUAUUAGGAAUGACAAUAACUUCGUCUGGUGAAAUGAUGGAAAUAUUAGCGAACUCAACCCUGCCGAUAUUCCGAUCGGAGCGUGACCAACGAGCUGCGCUAUGCCUCAAUCCAUAUCUUCAAGCCGCAUUGAGUUACGCCGCGCCGCAGCCUCCAUUCCCUUAUAUCACCGACAACACUACGGACGGAGUAUCUAAUGAAGCCUGGCUUGAAUGGAUACAUAGUGAGGGAUACUUCAUGCUCUUUAUCCACAAUCAUGGGCGAAAGCUUUUUGAACUUUGCCUUCGAUUUAUCUUCAAGCUGCCCCCAAUACAAUUCGCUAAAUGCGCUCUUAUCGACAUGGCUAUCGCAACUCUUGUUCAGAUGCGACACCUUGACGCUGUGGGCAGUGUAUACAGAUUAGGAGAUGAAGAUCUCUUCCGCAUUUGCGUGUGCUCGUUGAAGGACAACCUGAGCGCCAACAAAAACCUUACAGCACUUUUCGUUCUCAACAAUCUCGAUGCCGGCCUAACAUGGCAAACUUGGCUGGUCAAGAAGCUUCAUGAAGCGUUUCAAGACAGCCAGCUGCGUCUCAAAGUUCUCAUAACAAGCCCGAGAAUAGACCUCGUUAGAGAGUCUCUUGGUUUUGCCCAAGAAUGCUCGCCAAUAACAAUAGCCCUGGCCCCAGUCUCGAGCAAGAUCUUGGCGGCCCCAGAGUCCGAUGAGACGUCUCCUGAAGCUCAAGAGCUGCAGUCUAUUGACAUAGCGGCUUGGCAUAUAGUUGCAAAAUACCACCCACCCCUUCAACAUGUGCGCUCAAAACUAGCCAGCCUCGCUCCUUGGCUACGAGAAGUUACAUAUCGAUGGAUAGAAGAAAAUUCCAAUCACACCGGUAUUAAGGAUAUAAUAAAUGACUUUCUAUCGAGUGCCAAUGACUAUGAAGUCAUCAGAAUGAUUUUCAACUCAUUCUCCGAGAAGAAAUUCUUGGCAAUGUCGGUGAUGACAAUUAUCCUGUGGGGUAUGCGGCCGCUGAACAAGAGAGAGUUUGUAACGCUCCUCGACGUCGCUAUGAAUACUUUGACCAAUACCACGGUAUCAACGUAUGAAGAAGCGGCGUCUUUAUUUCAUGGUCUCGUAACUACACAGCGAGAUCAUGUAUGCCUGGCUAGCAACAUGAUAAGAGAAGCUUUACAAUCACCCAGCGAAAUGAAAGGUGUCUCCUGGUGGAAGGAUGAACGCGAAUGUCAUGCAGCCUUGGCAGGUUGGUGUCUCGAUUACCUACAGCUGUCAACCAGCCAGGAUGUUCUAAAUAAUACCCACGGUAGAGAAAUGGGGAUUUUUGGUCGGGAUCAAAGCCACAGCCUUCUGUGGUACGCAGUCGACUACUGGGUUGAACAUGCCCGACGUAGCGGAGGUCGUUGGAGCCCUAAACAGAGAAGUUUCCAAGCUUUACUUGCAAACGAAGAGUCGGGCUUGAGUUUAUGGGCUGAUGCAAAAUCUAUGGAGAAUCAUCCCUUAGUUUCUACCAAAGCUGGGAGGAAUUCGGCGCUCUCAAUACUGGCACAGUAUGACCUUCUCUCUGCAAUUGAGGUUGUGAUUGAUGCGGCUGGAGGUCAAAACGUCUCUGAGGAAAACCUUGCGGCCGCUUUCACUGCUGCGGCUGCUUCUGGCCAUCUCAAGAUUGUUCGUGCCAUAGCACAACAAGCUAGGCUCCAGCGAUAUGAUGCAGAUAAAGCAAUCUUGGCGGCGAUUGAGUCUGGAGUCGAUGAGGUUCUUGAGGAGGUUAUCGGACACUGCACGCGAACUGGACAAGUCUUUAGUGACGUUGUAGCUUUUCUAUGCCGGGCGGCAUCCCUUAACAACCCUGUCGCUAUAAAAAUCGUGGAAGAGAAGGUCAUCAAACACAAGUCUCUCGAUGACUCUGUCAAGUCUUCAUUCCCAUUGGGUCUGGCCUGUUACACAAAAACGCCUGAUAUACUACUCGCUAUGCUUCAACUCGGUAUCAGCCCUCCUAUUAAUCACACCGAAAGUUGGCGGCAGCCUUUGGAUAUUAUUUGUCGUUACGGAAGCAGUGCGGUUAUAGAGCCAUUCCUGAAUCAUCUCAAGUCCGCACACGCCCCGGAAUCUGAGUUUCUACUCUCAAUUUGCCUGGACUCUCUUAAGAUAGCCGAGGAGUAUGGUCAAUCUGCUGUAAUAUCUUGCAUUUUGGACUGGGCAUCACGAAACUCUUUGGUCCUUAUAAACGAGAACGUUGAUUCAUGGACCGUCUUCUUGUCUGUUCCGAAGUAUAUAAAGCUUCUGAUAUCUCCUGUUCUACGACCGGAUAACGUAACCACAGAAGAUACGGCUUUUAAGAAACUACUGUAUGCUUUUUUCGAAAAUAAGGUGAUCGAGGUAGUUCAAGAACUACUGCGACCCCCUAUAACUAUUGACGAAGACGUAUUUUGUUACUUACUUAAGGAAGCUGGAUAUAGAGCAAACGAAAAAUUACUCAACAUUGCCUGCAGUGUAGGUGCACGGUCAGGAAUUGACAUCAAUAGCCCAUCGGUAAAAAAAAAAAAUUUCACGGGGAAUUUUAUUAAAAUACUGACUAUAUUCGGCUUAAUGGCGCAACUACUGGAACACAAGUUCGACCCCAACAUGGAAAUCCCGUCCCUUGGACGUUCAAUAUUAGGGCAUGCGGCCUACCGCAGAAGAUUUAAGGCUGUUCGUGCUCUACUUGCCGCAGGUGCAAAAGUCGACGUUGGAGGAGAUGACUGGACGCCACUGCAUUGUGCAUACGACAGUCCAGAGAUCACUAUACUGCUCCUCAAGUACGGUGCCCAAGUUGACUUAAAGGAUAAACAAAACCUAUCAGCCCUUUACUUCGCGUCGAAAUGGGGCCAUUGUGAAGUCGUGAAGGCGAUACUGGAGAAGAUGCCUCGGAGAGAUACACUGGAGCAGGCCUUGAGUAUUGCACUUGGAACCGGACAGACGGAGAUUGCCAAAAUUCUCAUUGAUCAUGACCCUGACCUAACAGUUGAAUCGUCUGACGCCAGAAGAUGGCUGGAAGAAGCCGCCUCAAGGUCAGGCGGCGCCGCUCAUAUCCAGUUAAUUCUUCAUCAUUGCCGGAACCUAGACUUUAUUAAGGGCAAAAAAUGGUCAAUCAGAGCGAUGUUUCGAAUUUCUCGCAGCACGGAAGUGUCUACCAUACGCACACUCGCGGCCAAUGGCGCUGAUGUCAACGUCCGGAGCACGUCGAAAAAGACGCCCCUUUGGUACGCGGCCUUGGCGGACAAUCUGGACGUGGCACGCUGCCUCGUGCGCUGGGGUGCCAAAAUCAACAGUUUAGAAAACGAGCCUCUUGUACUCAAUAGGGCUUGUAGAUACGCAUCGUCUGAUUUCGUCAGAUUCCUACUCAGCGAAGGAGCAGACGUCAACAUAACCAACUCGGAAAAUCCGGGUACUCCCCUACAUUCGGCCCUGUUGAGAAACGAAGAUGGAAAAACUGUAGGGAAAUCGCAAAUACUCGAUUGCCUCCUGAAUACUGAUGGCAUCGACGUCCAAAUCAAGAGUCGUACAUGGGGUUCUACAUUGAGCCUUGCCGCCAUGAAGUGCAAGCCCGAGGUCGUCACACGACUGUUGGAGAUGGGUGCCGUGGCCAAUGACUCCGACCACCUAGGCCGGGAGCCAAUCCAUUUUGCACUCUUACAGUCCGUGGAGAUGGCAGAGCUACUACUACGAGAAAAAGGUGUCACGUUGGAUGGAAAAGACAAGAUCGGACGGCAUGCACUUCACUUUGCCGUGCAGAGCCGGAGGCUGGACGUGGUCAAGUUUGUCCUUCGUGAGCGGCCACAGUUUCUCAACGAGCCUGAUAUCCACGGGUGGACGCCUUUGCUAUGGGCGCUGCGAUCUCUGUCACCCAUCUGUGUUCCAAUGUCCGAGGAUCAGUUGAAGGACAUAUUGGAGCUAUUGAUAAACCAGGGCGCCAGCAAAUUUGUUAAAGGUAAAGGGGCUCAUGAUGAGUUCUGGACACCAGUAAAACUAGCAAGCUACUCCGGCUUAGAUGUUUUAGACAUCCUCCGGCCAAGCCCAGAAGAGCUGAAAAGGUGUGAUGAUGAGUCCAAGGAUCUAUGGUAUGAGGAGUGUGACCGACGUGGCACCUACAGGCGCACAGCGUAUUGUGAUGUUUGUCUUGCGCACUCUGCUAACUUCUUCUUGAUCAAGCGGGGCGUUGGUAUCGACUACGAAUGCCAGGAGACAGUGUGUGCCGCCGACUUCUAUUUGUGUUGGAAGUGCGCCUUGAGCCCAGAGAUAUUGCACCCCGGCCAUGAGAAUCUCUUCUGCCCCUACGGCGAAGAAACAAGCGUUGCGAAGAAUCCCUCCACCAUAAGCGCAGAGAAUUCACAAGGUACAGAAGAUGAAAACGCAGACCAAAGUUCAGACGAAGAUAUCAAUGAAGAGGAGGAAGAUGAGGAUGAAGAGGAGGAUGAGGAGGAUGAGGAUGAAGAGGAAGAGGAAGAGGAAGAGGAAGAGGAUGAGGAUGAGGAUGAGGAUGAGGAAGAAAAUGGGCAGGAGGGGUCAGAUGAAGAGACGUCCGAUUUGUCUGCGGGUGAAGACAGCGAUGACAGUGGUUAA